AUGGUCAAGCCAAGUUAUUUUGUUGCAGAGCACCCGGUGAGUGGUGUCAUCGCCUCGUCGGAAGAAUACACCACGUGCUUCCUCGUGUCAAUGAUCAGUCUCGGCGAGAUGAGGUCCCAGACCGAGCUCAGCGAGGAGACCGAUUCCUUCAGCCUGCACAGCUUGACUAGGGAUACGCAGGCCGACGCCGACGUCGGGCGGGUCGACACCCUGACUUCGAGCCAGGGAGACUCCUCCGUCGACGUCAGCAUGGUGAAGGUCACGUCCAUCACGGUGCCGCGGAUGCAGGUGAAUGCGGUGACGCAGAGCCAGGUCGACGGCUAUUGCCGCACCGAGUGGGUCGUCGACGCGCGAAAGCUGAAGGGCACGGACAAGCAGAUCGUGUCUCCGCAGUUCGAGGUGCUGCUCAGACGAGGCGCCCCGGCGGUCUCGUUCAAGAUGACCCUCCACCCGAAGACCACCGACGCGAAAGGCGGGGUGUCCUUCAAGAAGUCCGAGGGCGUGGGU